AUGCUGCAGCUGCUGCGGCUUCUAUGGCUGCUGCUGCUGUUGGUGUUUGCUUUGCUGCGGUGCUGCGUGCGUCUCCCGCUGCUGCUGCUCGCUGCUGCUGCUGCGGGCUGCUAUUUGCUGCUGGUUGCUGCUGCUGCGGAGGGCUGUUAUUUGCUGCUGGCUGCUGCUGCUGCGUCUGCUGGGGCUGCACAGGCAGCAUUUAUUUACUUAGAUGGGUACCGCCGUGCUGCAGCAAACCCAGAGGGCUUUCUAGGGUCUGCUACUGGCCGCAGCACGUGGGCUGCGCUGCAGCAGCACUUCCCGGUGAAGCUGGAGCAGCAGCAGCUGCUGCUUGCUGCUGCUGAGGCUUUGCUGCGGGCUCUGCCUUCCUUUCUUCACGGGCUGCUGCUCGUGCUGCAGCAGCGGCAGCAGCAAAUCCUGCUGUACGGCUGCGCCCACGUCAGCAGACACUGGGUGCCCCGCAGCACUUUCCGGCAGCCGCUGCUGCAGCAGCAGCAGCAGCAGCAGGACCGGGACGCUGCAGCAGCAGGCGUCUGCAGCAGCUGCUUGAGCCCUGAGGAGCAGAUGCAGCUGGUUUCAGAUGCACUUGAACUUUGCUGCUCGGAGGCGCUGCCGCAGCAGCAGCAGCAGAAGCUGCGCUGCUGCAGCGCAUGCAUUCAGUGGAUGCUGCAGGCCUUCCAGGUGCCAGCUGCUGCUGGGGAGCAGCACGCAGCGGACAACGGAUCGGGGACCCAGCAACAGCAGCAGCAGCAACAGUUGCUGCUGCAGCAGCUUUCUGCCCUGCUGCAGCAAUCUGCCAGCAGCACAGACGCCGAGAGGCGGUGUUGGGCUUCAAUACAGAGUGCCAUUGUUGAGGCGCGCGAGCAGCAGUGCUGCUGA